AUGAAUUACUAAAAGUAGAGUGACAAUGAUGAUGUAAUUAAUUAUUAUAAUUAUGUAGUCUGAUAGAAGUCUUUAAAGUUAAUCUGUUUAGUAGAAAAAUAAAGAAAGAUAAUUAAGAAAAAUCUAAAAGUUAUAAUCUCUAAUUAAUAAACCAUUUUCAUAAUUGACAGAUGAAGAAAUUAUUAAAAAAAGAAUAUUAUCAAAAGUAUCUGAUCUUAUUGGUAAAAAUAAUAAUCAACCAUAACUGUUAUAACCAUUAUAUCAUAGAUAAACUAAUGAUCAUAAGUUCUUAAUUAACAUUAAUCAUCUUCAAAAUUCAUCAGUUCCAAAAAUAACUUCAAAUCAAACUGAUCCAGAAAAAGAUUAUGUUGAUUAUUUGAUGAUGAAAAAGUGUAAUCUUUUUUAUUUUUAUUUUAUAGAAAAGUAAUAAGAUUAAAUGAGGCGAUAAUAAAUUAAUAAAAAAUAAAACUUAAAAGAGAACUAUGAUUAGUUAUGGUCGUAAGAUGAAGAUUUUUCAGAUAAAGAAAUUUAAGAUACAUAUAAUGUUAAUAGAGCACUCUCUAUUGUGCAUAGAAGUUAACUUAUGAAAUAGUAAAAAUCAGAUGAAAGAAUUUAUUUCAGUAAAUACUCUACUUCUACUUAAGGUAACUAAAAUUUUCAAUCUUUAACUAAUUCGCGAUUAAUUCUUAUGUAAGAUCAAGAUAUCAAUGAAACUGAAGUAAAUAACUAUUUUAAUUUAGUGUAGAGAAUAACAAGCAAGGAGAACUCUUAAAAAAUUAAAAACAAAAUAAGUUAUUAAUAUUGUUUAAUAAGCUACCAAAAAAAUAUACAAUAAAAAAGUUGAAUAAAUUUAAAAAGAAUUAAUUAUGCAUCAAGUUUAUAAAUAAAUGAAUAAAGAUAAAAAAAAAGAAAGCAUAAAAUCUAUUGAUAGUAUUUUUAGAAAUUGUAACAUAUUUUAAUCAAUUUUUAGCUAAAAGUGAAGAAACCUUUCAACAUUCUCAAAAUUAUUAAAAGUUGAUUACAAAUAAAAUGCCAAGUGAAAAUAAAUUUUUUUAACCUAAGAAAUUAAGUGAGAUUAAACCAGUUUAGAGCAAAAACUAAUUAAGUCAUCACAUUAUAUAAAAAUAAGAUACUAGAACUGAUGACUCACCUCCAAGAUUUCAAAGCAGAAAAAUCAGUUUAAUUAAUGAUAAAAUUACUAAUUUAGUAUCUCAAAUAGAUUAGAUAUAAUAAAAGGAGAUUGAUUAAUUGACCUUCAUUAAGUAAUUAGAAAACGAAUAAGAUUUAUAUAAGACUUAUAGAGAAUCUCUUUAGCCAGAUUAAAUUUAAGAUACCUUAAAAUCCCUACUAGGCCCAAGUAACAAUAAUUAUAGAAAACCUUUUAGGUUCAAUAAUAAGAAGUUCUUUAACCAAAUUUUAUGA